AUAAAAUGUUUUGAAGUUUUGUAUGAUUUUUAACUAAUUUGCAAAUGUAAAUUGAAAUUACUUAAAAAUCAAUAUUACAGGAAAGAUUUAAAAGAAAUAAUUUCAAAAAUGUUGGCAUUUGAUGCAACGAUAUCACCUAAAAGUAGAUUUGGGAUUAAUCUAAGAAAAAAUCUCCGAGCUGUUAAAAAGCGAGCUCUUGUCAUCUGGCUGUUUCUGGUAAUGGACGGCAUAGCUUUCGGCACGACUCCAUUAUUGAGACCUGGACGCCAUUUUGCUGUGGAUUUAUACAUCAUCUAUGGUAAGAAAUCUGCCUAUUGUUUGGAACCUAUGUUCGAAUCACCCAAUUUCGAAAUAGCUACAGUCCUGACAAGCAUCAGUAUAGCAUUCUGUGUAUACAUAAUGGUAAAUGGAGCGGCGUGUUUCAUAGUCAUCUUUGGUUAUAUUGAAGUGCAAAUACUAACCAUAAGUACAGAAGUAACAAACCUUUGGGAAGAUAGUCAAAACUUCUACAAUUAUAUGAAAGAUGAUAAACAAGACGAAAUACAUACAAAAGAGGAAAUCAUAAAUGAAUAUAUACGAAUUCGUCUGAGGAAAAUCAUUGAUUACCACGUUACAAAUAUCAAUCUUUUCCGAGAAAUCAAUAACGAAUUUUGUAACACUGUAGCUAUUGAAUAUGGUAUAAUGUGUGUUGCUAUAGUGGCUGAACUUCUGGGAGGAUUAGAACACACAUAUUUACAAGUAUCAUUCAGUGUUGUUCUAAUAUUAAUAGAUUGUCUGUCUGGGCAAAAGUUGAUAGACGCUUGCAAUACGUUUGAAGAGGCAUUGUACAGUUGCCAAUGGGAAAACUUCAGUGCUAAUAACCAAAGAUCUAUUUAUUUGAUGUUGUUGAUGACGCAAAAGACGCUGAAGGUAUCGGCUGGUGGAAUUGCAUCUUUGGAUUUUAAUUGCUUAAUGAUAAUAUUUAAAUUUUCAUAUUCUGCAUACACAACUUUGAAAUCUAGAAUUCAGCAUUAAAGUAAUUAAAAUUAUCAUUUGUUUUUCAUUUUCAUUCGUAUUCAAAUUAAGAUUAAUAAAUAAUGAAUGAAAAUGCAAUAUAGUACCAUGAAGCGGGUCUGAUAUUGGACUCGAAUUGCUGCUGGAUGUAAGUAUUUUUGAAGA